AUGGGAACAGACCAAAUUCAAAGUGACAAAAACAUUAAGCAUAAGUUUGUUAAACUACAAGCAGCUUGUGUAGCUCUCAAAGAUUCAAUCAAGACAAUAUACGAAAAUUCUCUGUCAAAUGAAGAACUUAAUAAGUUGGCUUCUGGAACUAAUGAAAUGGAGAAGAUGAUUGCAAGUUCUCCUGCUGUUUUAAUUUCAACAUCUCUCAAUGAUGCCAAAACAAAUCUUAAUAUAUAUGAUUUAUUUGAGUAUUACAAGUUCAACUCCGAUAUCUUUGAUAAACAGAGUUUUAUUACAGCACCAGAGAUAAUAGAAAGCGACUUACAAGAAUUGGUCUUUGCUCACAAGGAACUUAUUAUUUCGGAAAGAGUUAAAGAUAAUGAAAUUCUAGUCCAUGUAGGUGAUUAUUGGUUGAAUGCCCUACUAUCAGAUAUCCUUUACAAGAAAUUUCCAUUCUCUAACACAAGAUCAUUCCUUAAAAUCAAACAAGAAAUAUUAAACGAGAAUAACCUAUCUGUUUGGACAAGUCAAAUUCCAUUAUUCGGAAAAUUUGAGAAUGACAUUUUAGCCGAUCCAAAGAUCAAAGACCUAAGUGAAGAUGAAUUAUCGCAUAUCAAAAGUGAUUGUUUCAAAUCUUAUAUUGCAGCACUAGUAAUUGAAAAUAAUAACAUAAGUGUUAAUGAUAUUACUGUUUGGUUACGGACAGUAUUCCAACCUUUAAUUCAAAAGACCCAAUGCAAUCAUUUGAACGGACUAUACUCGGGUAAUGCCAAAGAACAACUAACUUACUUCAUGGAACACAACAAAUUUGGGUUGGAACUUCAUUUUGAAACCGAAGUUAAAACUUCUGAAUCCGUUUCUUGCCAUAUUUAUUUAAGUAAUACAUUAAUUGCAUCAGGAGAAGGUUCUGACGUCCAUGAUGCUGAACAAAGUGCUGCUUCAUCUAUUUUACACAAUAAUUCUAUUGUUUCAAAGUAUUCAAUUCAUCCGUUUAAUGAUGAGGAAGUCAGAAAUUUUAACACUGGUAUUAAAGAGGCAGUGACAACUCCUAGAAAAGUCGAACAUGUACCUUCCCUAGAAGUAUCCACUGCAGAAAAUAUGGAAUUAGAUGAAGAUUCAAAGAUAGAAGAGAAGGAAGUACCAGAUCCAUUAUUACAGAAUGAAGAGGAUGUGAGAGAAAAUAUUCAAGUAGAGGUAGAGAUAAAGAAAGAUAUGAAAGAAAAUAGCGACAAAGAAAAAGGUAAUACAUUAACUGAAAGAACCGGAGAAGAUAUGAGAGCCCUUCCUUUAAAUAACACUGCAAGCAAGACUGAUAAAGCUACUCUUUACAGAGAAAUUGGUAUGUUUAAUCACUACCCACAAUAUAUUACCACUCAACUGGGUUCAAAUGAUUUCUACUCCAGUUGUCAUAUUUUAAAUAAACCAAAUUCCUACUUGGGUGGAGGUCGUGGUACAAACAAAAAGAUUGCCGAACAAUGUGCAGCUUUUGAAGUUCUAUCUACUAGAUCUUAUAAAAAAUUCUUUAAAGCAGAACAUUCCGGUGAUGACGAUGACGAUUCUAUUCACUUACUGACUGACGACGAAGAAGAUACAAUCACUGAACCAAAUCUGAGCGAUCCAAAUUCAAUAGAAAACUCUAAAUACUUUCAAUCGUCAUAUUAUUUGGACCUUGUAUUACAUGAAACUUGUGACAAACUUGCAAUGACAAACCUGUACUCUGAAUUAGGCAAGUUUGGAUUCCAACCACAGUACGAGACGCAGACCAUAGAUGCUAACGAUUUCUAUUCGUUCUGUCUCGUGAAAAAUACACAUAUAAUUAUCGGCGAAGGACGUGGGACCUCAAAAAAGAUUUCCCAACAGAUUGCUGCAACAGCCGCACUUGAGGGAGAAGCUUUAAAGGAAUUCGUGAAUAGUUAA